AGUAACAAAGUUUUCAGUUUCAAAGUUGGUCUAACGGUGCACUCGGGACUCAACUGCUCUUUCUAGUUGUGUUUCUGAGCUGUGUGUCGCCUCUUUUUAAGUUUAUUAGCGUUUAUACUCUCAACGUGUCUUGUUAGGAUGAGUUCGUCAUGAGUUAUCGGUUAGUUUUGUGUUUUACCGUGACUAUCCCUUCAUCCCCUGCGCUAUUGUUUCCGUUAUUUGAGGACGACAGGUAUUAGUGAGAUCACAUUGCCUGGUAUGAAAACUAUGACUGAAGUGAGCGGCUCUCAUGUAGCUGACAGAAGCUGCAGAAGAUAACAGACACCCUCAGAGGUCGUGGUCAUUCAUUGAAGACCGGUCGCUUCCAGCUGCCCCUGCCAUGUCAGCAGACACAGAGCCAGACCCCCCUCAGCUUGUGAAUCCUCCACCUCCUGAGGUGACCAACCCCAACAAGCCAGGCCGGAGGACCAACCAGCUGCAGUACAUGAAGAAUGUAGUGAUCAAAUCCCUGUGGCGGCACGGGUUCGCCUGGCCUUUUUACACGCCUGUUGAUGCAGUCCGUCUUGGGCUACCAGAUUAUCAUACGAUAAUAACAUCUCCCAUGGACUUGGGAACCAUCAAGCAACGACUGGAAAACAACUACUACUGGAGCGCAAGCGAAUGUAUGCAAGACUUUCACAAGAUGUUCACCAACUGCUACUCUUAUAACAAGCCUACAGAUGACAUAGUGCUGAUGGCCCUCGCUUUGGAAAAGGUUUUCUUGCAAAAGGUUGCCCAGAUGCCACAGAGGGAAAAGGAGGUGUUACCUCAUGCUGCCAAAGGGAGGGGCAAAAAAGGUGGCGCUCCAGGUGGACAGACUGGAACUGUGACUCCAUGUUCUCCGGUGACAGUACCCACAUCUCAGCCAAGCCUCAGCUACACUCCCUCCAGCUCAUCCCCAGUCCCCGAACACCCUUCACACACCGCCACAAAAAAGAAAGGGCUGAAACGGAAGGUAAACGCCACCACUGAAUUGUCCUCAGCAGCCAUAACCAGUUUGAGUGAUUUAUCAGGAAGCAAGAAGAGACGUGAGAGCGCAGGCCAAGUCAGCAGUCCCUCUGAGGAGCACUUUGAAGGAAAGGAGUCGCCACAGCAAGGAAGCGAGCAGCUCAAGUAUUGCAACGAGAUCCUGAAGGAAUUGAUGUCGAAGAAAUACAUAAGCUACGCCUGGCCUUUCUACAAGCCUGUCGACGCCGAGGCUCUGGAGUUGCACGAUUACCAUGACAUCAUCAAGUACCCCAUGGACCUCGGCACUGUUAAAAAAAAGAUGGAGAGAGGAGAGUACCAGGAUGCACAGAGCUUCGCUGCAGACAUUAGGCUAAUCUUUUCCAAUUCAUACAAAUACAACCCUCCAAAUCAUUACGUCGUCACAAGGGCCAGAAAACUACAGGGUGUGUUCGAGCAGAGGUUUGCAAAGAUGCCUGACGAACCAGUGGAGACUCUCUCGCCGAUGAACGCUGGGUCCGCUAAGAGUGCAGGUUUUAGCGGGGUAGCUGCCAGCAGCUCCUCCAACUUCGACAAAUCGGAGUUAGCAGAGGAGCGUGCCACCCGACUUGCUGAGUUGCAAGAACAGGUGGGUGCAGAACAGCUUAAAGCUGUCCACGAACAGCUCUCUGCACUCUCUGAAGUCCCUGUGAUUAAACCAAAGAAGAAAGACAGGGACAAGAAAGGGGACAGCAGGCAACAGAGAGGCAGCACAAAUCCCAGCUCCAGGCAGUCGUGGAAGGGAAGCAAAGACUGGGAUUCGGAUGAUGAAACCCUGCAGAUGACGUACGACGAGAAGCACCAGCUGAGCCUUGACAUUAACCGGUUAUCCGGCGUGAAGCUGGGCCGCGUGGUGCACAUCAUUCAAACACGAGAGCCCUCGAUGCGCGACAGCAACCCGGACGAGAUCGAGAUCGACUUUGAGAUACUGAAGCCGUCCACUCUGCGGGAGCUGGAGCAAUAUGUGAGGUCUUGUUUGUAUAAGAAGUUCAAGAAAUUUCAAAAGAAAAGCAAUCAAGCUGCACCUCAUCAUCACAUCGGCUCCAGCAGUUCUUCGGAUUCCACCACCAGCAACUCCAGUGACUCCAGUUCAGAAGACAGUGACUUGUGGCAGCUGUAAUAUUUAAUUUAUUUUGUCAUUCGUGACCAAAAACUGUAAAACAUCCUUAUUUUUGUAUUUUUUUCAUUUGUUUAAAUAUUUGGAAAAUUAAAGUUCCCACACAGUAUUUUGUAUUCAGUGUGGCUUCUCUCACUCCUCCUGUAUAAGUCGCAAUAUCCGUGUCUGAUUUUUCUUAUCAGACACUAUAAAUUCGCAGCACAGCUGGAUGACAUUCUGCUGCGUCUGAGGGCACCUUUCAUAUUAGAGUUUCCACCAAUAUCCUGUCUCAGGCACUCAGUUUGUCCUUACUGUUUAAUUACGGUAUAGGCGGUUUUCAGAUGUAUCACAGGGAUGUAAUUAUGUUCUUUUGAAGGGACAGUUCAUCCCCAAAUUAAAAACACAUCAUUUUUUCUCUUACUUGAAAAGCUGUUUUUCAAUCUAGACUGUUUUGGUGUGAGUGUUAGAGUUAUCAGCCAUAGCUCGUUUUGGAGCUAUGAGCACCACCAGCCGAGUGCCAUCAAGUUUGUCUGACCUGCCAUAUGAUGAUUCAUCAUUUCAGUGAUGAAAGUUGAUGAGCUUUUCUUUGUGUUGUUCCUUAAUGCACUUAAUGCAUGUAAAAAUUCAAGUUCAACCUUUUAUUUUUACAGUUAAAUUGUUGUUUUUUUAAUUUUUUGACCCCUUUUUAAGAUUUCAUAAACAAUUUUUUUUGACAUUCACCUUUCUGAGUGCCACCCGUGAUUAUUGUUCCAAGCACAGGAGUAAAUGCACUGUUUUAAAUCGACUGUUUUAACAACCCUGCUGAAUGACCUUUGUGUAGGGCGACUUCAGUGUUUUGCAUUUUGAAAUGUUGGUAGUCCAUUUGCUUUAAAUUACCUAUACUGAAUAUUUUCAGCAUGGUUUCAUGUUUUAAAUGUGUUUUUCCAUCCAUCCAGGCUGCUUAACAUCGUGAUAUGAGAGUCAACUUCUCUGUCUGCUGUUAUUUAUGUCUCCUGGAGGUUUGUUGCAUGGUAAUUCAGUGCAGACCUCUCAGAUCAGUCUGCUCUUAUAAUCACGUUACCAUGCAACAAUGACGUAACCUAGACAAAAAUAAGAAAGGAAAUGAUGGCUACCCAACUUUCAAGUCUCUGCAAUCAGAUUAGGUGCAGGAAAUCGCGUUAGAAAUUCUAAAACCCCGUGAAAAAAAAACAGCAGGAAUGUCAUUUGCUGUAAAUGAACCACAGCAUGAAAAAGCACUGAAAUGGCCCCUUAUUUAAGUUCUCUUUUUUUUUUUGGUAACUAUUCAAUGUUAAUCGAAAGUUGCUUGUGAUAAAAUCCCAGUCUGGAAUGAGGCUCCUCUGUUUAUUUUUUUGUUAAUAAAAGUAAAA